AUGAAAGCUGAGGAUAUAAGAGCAGAAGAGAACAUAUUGCACCUUGCCGAUGCCGCUAGCAUCGUUCAAGCUAAUCAAAAAGAUACACAGAUAGAGACGAUAUUGAAUGGGAAAUUAAACGAUUUAUUAACAUUGACAAAGGGCCAACUUUUUACGAAUAUUUAUAGCAAACACAUUUCAAUUGCAUCAAAACUGCUAUAUCUCUCUCUGACAACACUCAUCGGCAGAAAAACAUUAGGCGAAGAGUAUGUGGAUAUAUUUAUUGUCAACAAGAAGAAUAAAGGGCUAGUGAAACGGUAUCAAAGGUUAGUGUUUAUCAUAGGUUAUACAUUAGGACCAUAUCUUCUUCAAAAACUACUGAGUUUGUGGAAGCGCCAUCACCAAAUAUUGAAUGAAGAUGACGAUCAUGACGAUAGUAACAACGAUGGACAACUAUCAUGGGAAGCGAUAACAAACAGUCUAUUAGAUAUUCACAUGUUAAUAUUUUAUUUUAAAGGUGCAUACUAUGAUAUGUCGCGUAGAGUUAGUGGACUUAGAUAUGUGACUGGACAUCAUCUUACUAACGACGAAAAACGCAUUAGGGAAAGGAAUUCAAAGACAUACAAAGUCUUAGGAUCCGUUCUUUUGUUACAGAGCCUUUCGAACUACAUACCUCUCGUGAAAUAUUUAGGUCAAUUGUUAACUAACUCAAUAUUUAAACAUAAUUACAGAGACACCAACAUAAAAUCAUCAGACCAGACUCGUAUAAAUGAAAAAAUAGGUAUAAUAAAAGGUGUCCCUGAAGAAUCCAAAUAUCAUCAUAUAGAUCUUUCAGAUGGAAACUGUUUCAAAUUUAUUCCUGAAAGUUCACGUAAAUGUAUAUUGUGUCUUUCUGAUAUCUCCGACCCCAGUAGUGCUCCUUGCGGCCACAUAUAUUGUUGGAAAUGUAUCAUCAACUGGUGCACCGAAAAGGAAGAAUGUCCACUAUGUCGUCAAAUAUGUAAGCCACAACAAGUCAUACCUCUCCGAUAA